CAUGGCUCACUCUAACGUCUGGAACUCUCGCCCUAAGACCUAUGGCAAAGGCUCCCGUCAGUGCCGUGUCUGCGCUCACCGUGCUGGUUUGAUCCGCAAGUACAACCUCAACGUCUGCCGUCAGUGCUUCCGCGAGUACGCUAGCGACAUUGGUUUCCACAAGUAUCGUUAAAACGAAAAAAUA